GACGACCGUCAUUCGAAUAUGGAGCGUCGACCUGCGUUGCAAAAGCGUAAAAUGCUGCCAUACGUAAAAGCAAUGUUAAUAAAGCAUGAUUUAAUGGAGGCUGUCAUUGAUAAUGGUAUGAUGAAUGUAAUAUCGGAGUGGUUGGCACCGUUACCGGAUAAAUCAUUACCUGCACUGGAAAUUCGAACAGAUUUGUUAAAAAUCCUUCAAGAUUUUAAUCGACUGGAACCAGGAACUCUGAAACAAUCUGGAUUAGGACGUGCUGUAAUGCUACUGUAUAAGCAUCCACGCGAAACUAAAGAAAAUAAAGCUCUUGCUGCAAGGCUGAUUAGUGAUUGGGCUAGGCCCAUCUUCCAGCUUGAUACAGAUUUUCGUUCAAUGACAAAAGAUGAGCGUGUACAGCGUGAUUAUGCACAAUUAUCAGAAGCCAAACGACGCCGUUUAGAUGCUGGAUCCGAAAAUUCAGAUGCUGAAAAGGAGAUAUCAGAACCUCGUCCUGGUGACAAAGGUUUCAUAAUGCGCGCACGUGUACCACGACCAUCUCAAAAGGAUUAUGUUGUACGUCCUAAGAGUAAUGUUGAAGGUCAAUUUCGUGGAGCAACGAAGAAUCGUUCGAAUAGUCGACUCGAUCGAACACAGAGGGAAUUCAAAGAACGUACAAAACAGCAGCGGAUGCAGCAAGCCGUUGCUUGGGAGCCAAGACCAGGUGGGUUUCAAGCCAUAUUACAGUGCGAUGCAACAGGUGCUGAUUUCGGCGGUGAAAUUCCAAUGCUGAGUUUUAGUGCCAAUGAAACUGGUUGUGCAUAUUUUACAACACCUGAAGAUUCUUGUGAAGAUACUUUCAAUAAUCGGACCGGGUGUAUCAAUUAUUACGCAGUGGUACCUCGUGGUAACUGUAGCUUCUCCGAAAAAGCGUACCAUGCACAACGGGGAUAUCCAGAUCCGUACAGUGCGCUGAUUGUAUUCAACGAUGAUGGUCAUUCACCGGUACCAAUGGCUGGUAGCAAGUAUGCAGAUCGAGUUGUGAUUCCAGUCGUAAUGGUAAGCCAUGCAUGUAUGACCAAUAUGAUGGAUCGUUUUUCGGCUGAGAAAGGGUUAGUUUAA